AUGUUGUUCUCUAUCUUAUCAUGUCUCUUCUUCCUCCUUAGUGCAGUCUUCGUUGAUGCAGCGCUCGACGUAAGUACCCUCGCUCGCGAAGUAGUGCGCGUCGAAUCGGUGCGACGAGUCAAAGACCUCCAAAGGCAGUUGUCCCACUUCGCACAGUAUGGGCAAUGGAACAGCAUCUCUCAACUCUUCAGUAUCAACAGCACCCUCAUCUGGGGCAACGUGACCACUCAUGGUCCGGCGUCAAUCGAAACAUGGCUGCGCAACGAUUCUGGCGACAUGAACGGCUUGGUUUCUGGGUCUCUCAGUACAAUGAUCGUCGAGACCCCUGUGAUUAGCUUGAGCAUUGACGGAAAGCGCGCGAGAGGACGCUGGAACGGCAUCUGGUUCCAGGGCGACGGCAAGGGUGGAACGCGAAUCCAGGGCGGAGUAUACGAAAACGAAUAUAUCUUGAUGGACAAUCGGUGGCAUAUAUCGUUGCUACACUACUACAACAUGUACAAUGGUGAUUACGAAAACGGUUGGCGUAAUGUUAACGGCAAGGGCAUCUCGAUUAUUCCGUAUCAUUUCACAGCCGAAGGGUCUGGACUACCGAUACCGCCGGCAGUGGGAGACCCUGAACCGUACAAUGAGACCAUCGAGCAACUAGGAGCUAGGAUCCAGAGGUUGAACGAUGAAGACGAUGUUCGGAACUUGAUGCAUGCCCAUGGCUACUACGUUGAUCGAAGGAUGUGGUCAGAUGUCGUAGAUUUGCAUACUGCAAAUACGACUGUGCGCAUUGGCAACGAAACUGCACUAAGAGGUAAGACUGGUGUCAGGCAAUUUCUCAAACGCAUGGGUCCAGAGGGCUUGACGCAAGGGGUCAACAAUGAUCAUCCGAUCUUCGACAUGAUUGUUGAAGUGGCAGAAAACGGCAGAAAGGCUAUAGCUCGUGGUACCGAAAUUGCCAUGCUGGGUGAUGUCAACCGCCAGGUUGCCUCAUGGGAAUUUAAUGUCUUCAGGAACCGGUUUGUCAAAGAAGAUGGGGUUUGGAAAGUCCAGGAUAUUGUGGUGGCGCCACAGAUCGUUGCUGAUUACUACAUUGGGUGGGGAAAAGGUGGGUUGAAGCCAUCAGAUGCAGUUAUCCCGCCAUUCUUGAAUGUCACUAGCAGUCGUGUGGCAGAAGGGAGUACGACACGUUCGAAAAAUGUGACAGUCAACGACCUUAAGCGCCGCCUCCAACGUAGUGCAGCCUGUGAUGGUAGUGAGAACUUGUCGCAUGCUUACGGCUAUUACGCCGACGAUAUUCUAGGGGAGCAGCUGGGCGAGCUGUUCGCGAAGAAUGGACACAAAGCAUCGCCAUUCGCAGGAUUUUUCCGUACCCCCGAACGUAUAACUGGAGCAAUGAAGGCAUCGUAUGGUACGAACCGUUCGGCACUCCGAUCUAGCAUAUCUUUCCACUGGCGUCCACAGCCUGUCAUCAUCGUCUCAGAAGAUGGUCGGUCGGCAAGCCUGCGAGCGAGACUGUUGCAGCCUUCGACGUCGGUCAACAAAGCGGGCAGCUUCAAUUCUGCGAUAUACCAGGACCAAAUCGUUUCUGAAAAUGGAAAGUGGAAAUUUUGGAGUGUCACAAUAGACGAGUUCUACUGGCAGUCAUCGUCCUGGAAAAGUGGAUGGAGCAUGGCGACUCAACAGAAUUCAACUCAACCCGAUCCUCCUGCAUGGACGAGGAGGUAUCCACCCGACCUCACCAUAGCAGAUGUCGGAGAAAGGGAGAGUACGUUUCGCGGUGGAAAUGGCCAAUUCAUCCAGUGGCCUGAGAUUCAAAGAAUGUGGUUUGGGUAUCGGAACUCCGUCAGCGGGCGGAAGCCUGAAUGGUACUGGCCUGGCUGUGUCCCAUGUGGAGUCCGGCCAGACUGGUCACUGGAGGCAAAUGGAUGGCAGGAGCCGUGA